AUGCCGAAAAACCCCAAGUUUGAAUAUGAUGCGAAGCAGCCUGCGUUUUUGCAAAAACUCCGAGGCGAGUACGGGGACAACACCGGUCGCCUGGAGCGGCCUGCCCUACGAGCGACCAGACUGAAGGUCAACAAGGAUGAUGAUGACGACGAGCCUAUCUAUGUCGAUGAAGAGAGCAACGAAGUGAUCUCCAAGGAGGAAUAUAAGACACUGGUGGGUGGAAGCGAGUCCAAAGAAGCUGAAAAGGACGAUCUGGCAAAGGACAAGGCCGGGGAUGAGACCCAGCCCCAGACAGAAAACAGCAAGCAGAGCAAUCUCACUGAAGUUGGAGGCCAGCGGAAGCGAAAACAAGUCAAGGUGGUGGGGGAUGACAAGGCAGAGGCAGAGGCAGAGGCAAAAGAGCAACCCAAGCCGACUACCAAGAAACCAAAGAAGGCGAAAAAGAUCAAGCUCUCAUUUGAUGAAGAGUGA